CUCAUUUUCUACCAACUACUGAAGCAGCAGCAACAGCUUUGCUCUGACCGGGAUUAACAGGCUCCUAAAGAAUAUCUUUAAGUGGCUUAUAUGUAAAAAGGUGAACUUGCCUUUUUCCGGACUGCCUCCCAGCUGCAAUGAUGUGGGUCCUGGAGAAGAUCAGAGCAUCACCUAUAAAUGGAAACUCACAGAGUCCUUUCUUACAGGCAGCACCAGACAAAGUCUGGGGAGGUGCUGCUGCUUAUCCCAAUGUUUUAACCCCUGACAAGAUCCCCGAGUUCUGCAUCCCCCCCAGACUGACCAAUCCUGCAGGUGGUCCUGAUGUCUCUUGGCACCAACGCCCCUCUGGAGACUGCAGUCUGUGCCCCUCUGGCAGAGCUGAUCGCAGCCCAAGCCGGUUCUUGCCACAUCUCAUCCAGGUAGAAAGUGCCGAGGAGAUUCCAGUUCUGGAGGAAGAAAACACCAAUUCGGACCCACAGUCCCAAGCAGCAUUGUCCUUGCCCCACUUUCCCAAAACCCAGACUUCCUAUGGAUUCUGUACCUUACUGGAGAGUCCCCACAUCAGGAGGAAGGAGUCCAUCUUCCAUAGUGACCCAGGCAGUGGUUCUCUUCCCAGCUUGAGGCUACCUAGACCGAGGGCCAACACUUACAGCAGCAAAGGGUCUGUUUCCAGCCCUGUUGCAAUUGGCUCUGCCAGACUGCCUCCUAAGCAUCUGUACUUGCCCAAGCAAGGCACUUUUGACAGUGACACUGCUUCUUCCACUGACUCUUCUCCUUUCAGCUCACCACUUCUUAGUAGAUCUUUUCCCAGAUCCUGCCCCUUGCUCAAAGCUCGGAGCCAAGAGGGGCUGUUGUGCAGAGCAUUGAAAGCAAAGAACAAAUCCAGCUUGGGAAGAAAUAACUCUCUAUCAACUGAUGAGAGCAGCUCUAAUGAUAACAGUCCCAGUGCUACCAGGAGGUGUUCAGAGGGGCUGCUUGCUCCACGGAGCUUCAGUCUGUCAUGUUCACCUAUCUUCCCACUGGACCUUACCUGUGGCAAAGAGAGGCUUGCUGGAGAGAGCACCAUCUUACUGGAUCGGGGAGGACUGUUGCGACUUUCAGCUGAGUAUUGUUCAGAAAACCGAAGGCUUAGGAUCCGUCUGAUUAAUGCAGAAGGCUUAUAUGAUGCAUCUGUGGAGUCAAAAAAUAUAAACUGCUGCAUCACCUUUUCCCUUGUGCCUGGAAAGAUUCAGAAGCAGAGAAGCACUGUCAUAAAGAGAAGCAGGAAUCCCAUUUUUAAUGAGGACUUCUUCUUUGAUGGCAUUGCAGAGGAUGACCUUUACAACUUUUCUGUGAGGAUGAAAGCUAUGAAUAAAGGGUGUAAUAUGAAAAGAGACUGCAUCUUAGGUGAAAGUGAGUUGUGUUUGAUGAAUAUUUUAUCUAUAUAAAAUGCCAAAUA